AUGAAAGGGAGGAAAAAGAGGUUGUCGUUCGACAAGCCAUUGAGAGAGAAGCUUCUCCUCGUCGAAUGCGCCAGACAGAAGUCUCCGGAGAAUACAUUUCACACGCAGUUUCUCCUGAAUCCGCUCCUCAAGAAGAACGUGCGGAAGCGAUUCCGAAGGGCGCGCAGACGGACGCCGCACAACCUCAGCGUUAUAAUGCUCGGUCUCGACUCGGUUUCAUACUUGAACUUCGACAGGCACCUCCCGGAGACUGCGAAGUUUGUGCGAGAGAAACUAGGUGCUUUCGAACUUCAUGGAUACAACAAAGUUGGGGAGAACACAUAUCCAAACGAAGUUGCGUGUCUCGCAGGUCUUAAAGAGUUCGAAGUGCACCAGGCACUUGAUUCUGGAUUCUAUGACAAACUCAGUUCAAGGUUAUUCUGGCGUCAGUAUUCGUCCCGCGGCUAUCGCAACAUGAUGUUUACAGAGUGGGCGUUUCCGGGUCACUUUUGUGCGUUCGGUCAAAAGGGUUUUCGGUGCCCACACACCGAGUACUACCCACGACACGUCGUCAUGCUAAUGGAGGAGUCAGUCAAGACUGUAGAAGAUGAUCAGAGCUGUUUGGAACCCACAACGCUGUCAAAAGAACUUCUCGACUAUCUGGCCAACUUCGUCAAGGUGAUGUCGAAGAGACCGUUCUUCGCGUUCACCUGGUUCGCCGACAUAACACACGAAUCGCUCAACAACACAGCGUACGCGGACGAGCCAGUUCGGCAACUGAUCGAAGCCCUGUACGCUUCCGGUGCACUCAACCACACAGUGCUCGCCUUCUUCAGCGACCACGGAAUGCCGAAAGGGGACAUCCGCGCGACGUACAUCGGUAGGCUCGAAGACAUUCAGCCUUUCGCCUUUCUCGUCUUUCCACCGUGGUUCCUAGAGAAGAAUCCCGAGGCAGCUCGGAGCCUUCGAGUCAACCAGCACCGACUAACGACGCCCUUCGACUUGCACGCGACGUUCGUCGAUCUGCUCGACUAUCCCGUCCGCAAGCGACCACGUACUGCGUACGGACUUAGCCUGCUUAGCGAGAUACCCGAGCAGAGGACGUGCGCCGACGCGUCCAUUAAGCCUAAGUGGUGCUCGUGCAAUGUCAAAGUCGAUGCUGCCGUACCCCGUACUCUUGCACGGGCUAUGGCGAAUCGUGUUGUUUCUGACGUCAACAAGCUAUUGGCACGGGAGAGGAGAAAGCGCGCUACGUUCCGACUGCUCCGGAUUAUCGACGUCACCUUGCUUCAGUCGACACUUGCUGAUAUCGCAAGGAACACGAGUCAUUACUUAGUCGACGUCCUGCUGUCGCCAGGAAACGUCGUCUUAGAAAGCACAGUACGUGUUAGUGUAGGCAAUGCCAUCAAGGUGGAGGAUAUUAGCCACGGCGAUGGGUAUAAGGCGCAGACCUACUGCGUGCGUAGAAACCAACAAGAACAAUACUGCUACUGCCACCGUACUCUCGGGGCACAAAUGUAA